AGCGCGCGCGGUUGCUAUGGAGACGGCGGGCGCCGCGGAGAGGGGCCGCUGGGCCGCAGCCGGGCGGGAUGCCGCGCCGGGGCCCCGGAGCCCCCGGAAGGCGGAGGCACGUGAGCGAGCGCUUGCGCGGGCGGCAGGAGCAGGCGCUGAGCAGCCGCAUGUACCUGCUGCGGGAGACCGGCCCCACCGGCUUCCUGCUGCGGGAGGACGCGCCGGACGGCGGCGACUUCCGAGUGUUUUUAGGGAAUCCUCACGUCUGCAACUGCGCCACGUUUCUGGAGGGCGGGGAGCUCUGCAAGCACAUCUGCUGGGUCUUGUUGAAAAAAUUCAAACUUCCAAGAACUCAUGAAUCUGCUUUGCAGUUAGGUCUUGUGGAAGGAGAAAUCAGUGACUUGCUUCGAGGGAUACAUCGAGUUCAAACUCCCCAGCAAGAAACUAUUGAUGAAACUGUGCGUAUUGAAGAAGAUGGCUACAUUGAACAGAAGGAAAUUGAUUCAGAGGAUAUCUGCCCAAUUUGUCAAGAAGGACUUUUAGAGAAAAAGCUUCCUGUCACGUUUUGCAGGUUUGGCUGUGGCAAUAGCAUUCAUAUAAAAUGCAUGAAGAUCCUAGCUAAUUAUCAGGAUAGGAUUUCAGACACUUCUGUGUUGAAAUGUCCUCUGUGUAGGAAAGAGUUUGCACCAUUAAAACUUAUUUUAGAAGAAUUCAAAAACUCGAGCAAACUUGUGACUGCAGCGGAAAAAGAGCGACUGGACAAACACCUUGGAAUUCCCUGUAAUAACUGCAAACAGUUUCCAGUGGAAGGGAAAUGUUAUAAGUGUACCAAAUGUACAGAAUACCACUUAUGCCAGGAAUGUUUUCCCAGCCGCUGUCACCCUCCUCACCCAUUUACAUCCCGUGAGAAGAGAAAUCAAAGGUGGAAAUCACUAGAAAAAGGAUCAGAUGAAAUUGUAAAAUAUGCAGACAUUAGAAAUGAGAGAGAAGAAAAGAUGCCACAUUUUCAAGAAAAGCAAGGCCAAGUUUACACACCAAAACAAGUGGUGAAGUCACUGCCUCUCUUACUGAUUACAAAGAAUAGUAAGCUGCUUGCUCCAGGCUAUCAAUGUCGACUUUGUCUGAAGGCAUUUCAUCUGGGUCAACAUACAAGAUUGCUACCAUGUUCUCAUAAGUUUCAUAGGAAAUGUAUUGACAGUUGGUUAUUCUACAAGUGCAAUUCAUGCCCUAUUGAUGGACAAGUUAUAUAUAACCCUUUAAUCUGGAAAGAUAAAGCAGUAAGUGGACACACGCAUCAGUCAAUUUCAAAUACAAACAUCACUCAUCUGUCAAAACAGGAAGAACUGGAACUUUUUAUUCCUGGUACUGGAUUAGUACUUAAACAAAAUAGACUUGGAAUUUUACCUAGCAUAACUCAACAUAAUUCUGAGAAGUUGAAUAUACCUGAAAGUCCAACAGAUACCCAUCAGGAUAUAGCAAUAGAUGAUCUGUUCUCUAUCAAGUUAGAUGAUUCAAACUCAAGAAAAUUAAUCUAUGAAUAUAAAAUUAGCCAACAUUUCCCCAGGUAUCUUCAAGAUUUACCAACUGGACCCUUUGGAAAAAUGUCAUCUCAAACAUUUCUUCCUGCUAUUGCUCACAAGAAUAAUAUGGGUCCUACUGGAAUGGAAACCCCACAUAUCAAUGAAAAAUACCACACUUGUCAAAGCCAGAAGAUGGCAAAAGACUGUAAACAUAUUAACCACAAUCCAAAGAAGACUUCUGGUGCUAGAAUAAGAGAAGACAAGAAGAGAUCAGAUACUUUACUUCCAGAAGAUUUAAAUCUUAUUACCAAUUGGGGUACAACUAAAAUUAGUUUAUCUAAAAGAUAUAAUAAUUAUAUGGGUAAAAUUAGACAAAAAUAUAGUAAUCUGUCAAGAAGGCCUGAAUCUCAUCCUUUAAAUAUAAAAAGUCCUGAGCUAUCUUUCAUAUUAGAAGGAGUUCAGUUAUGAAGAUGUAUUUUUUAUUAACAUCAGAAAAUAUUUGGAUAUUGAACAUAAAAAUGUUUUAUUUGUAGAACAUAAACACUAUACUCUUGACAAAUGUUGAUAGAAUUGUCAUCAUUUUGCCUGCUUGUC